UAAGAUUAAAAUGUUGCAAACGCUUCAAAUAUUUCUUCAAAUAAAUUUAAUCUUCUAUUUAAUAUUGCGAUCUGUUAAUGGAAGCAGUAUCAAACUUUGGUAUAAUCCAUCGAUGUAUGUCGCAACUGAUAAAUUGCAAAGAGAAAAGGCUUUGGCUUUUAUUAACGAAUUUAGCGAAAAUUUAAAAAAUAUAUCUGGUAAAUGCAUGGAUGUAGGUUGUGGUCCUGGAGAUAUAACAAAAGACAUUUUUUUGCCAGCGCUUAAUCCAAAUGCGGUGGUAAUCGGUACAGAUAUUUCGGAAAGUAUGAUUGAAUAUGCAAAUAAAAUGUCUAGUGUGAAGAAUCGACUCAAAUAUGAAAUAUUAGACAUACAAACUAAACAAUUACCCAAUCAGUACAUUUCAGAAUUUGAUCACAUAUUUUCAGUGCACACUUUGCAUUGGUGCAACGAUAUUCGACAAGCGUUUAAGAAUAUUUACCGUAUGCUCCGAUCUAAUGGAACAAUGCUUGUACUUUUUGUGUCAUCACAUGACAUUUUUAAAAUUCUUGACAUUAUGAUACAAGAUAAAGAUUACGCAUCAUAUAUAUCGGAUAUAAAAAGAUAUACCUGGCCAUUUCAAAACUCAGUCAAUCCUCGUAGUGAAUUAAAAGAAUUACUCGAAGAAAUCGGAUUUACAAUUAUUCAUUGCAGUCUUCGAGAGGCAUACUUUGUCGACAAUUCGGAUCAAUUUUUAUGUAAAUAUUUUUAAAUAUAGUAUAUUGAAUAUAUU